CAUUUAAUGUAAAUAUUGUUUUGUUGUUGUGCAGUCAUUGCUGUUGGGCUAAGACCAUCAACUCACUACACUCGAGAAACCUGGUUCAAUCACGGGCGGCUGAAACCCAAAUUCAAACCCCAGCCUUGGCAGCGGUGUCGGCUCAGCGCUCCGUUCUCCGAGCCAACCCGGCCAAUUCACCUCUUUUAUGAGUAUUAUUUUGUAAAACAAAAAAAAAUCGCUUGCAGAUUUACGUAGUCUUAGACGUGAUGUGUUAAAAAAAUAUAUCCUUAAAAUGAUCACGUUGUCGUGAACGCUGCUGAUUUCCUGGGCUCGUCACACACAAGGGUGAACCGCCGGGAAUUGGAACAGAGGUUACAAUAAUCCACUGCAAUCGGAUCAGCAAGUGCACGCAAGCUCACAGAAGGUACUCCGGGGAGGGGCAAGUGCUCUUCCUUUUUUUUGUUGCCGGUGGUCUAGGUGAUAAUUACAGUAAACAACGAGCUGCUAGCCAGAGGCACACCCACACACAUACACGUGCGCACACGGACGGGCGCACACUUGUUGAAAGGUCCACGAGAAGAAGACCACCGCUAACGGAAUGAUGGGCCCUCGCCCGGUUGUGCUGAGUGGUCCGUCGGGCGCAGGGAAGAGCACGCUGGUGAAGCGUCUCAUGCAGGAGUACGCCGAUGUCUUCGGCUUCAGUGUGUCGCAUACAACGAGAAAUCCAAGAGCAGGAGAAGUUGACGGCAAAGAUUACCACUUUGUCUGUCGGGAGGAGAUGGAGAAGGGCAUCUUGGCGGAUGAGUUUAUAGAGCACGCCGAGUUCUCAGGGAAUUUGUACGGCACCAGUAAGAAAGCAGUGGAGGUAAUCCGAGACCAUAACCAAAUCUGCAUCCUGGACUUGGACAUCCAGGGCGUACGCAGCAUGAAGCGUACCACCUUGAACCCCCUCUACCUCUCCAUACACCCACCUUCAAUAGAAGCACUGGAGGAGCGUCUGCGUGGCCGUAAGACGGAGUCGGAGGAGAGCAUACAGAAACGCUUGGCAGCUGCAAGGGCUGACCUGGAGAUCAGCAAGGAACCAGGAAUCUUCGAUGCGGUGAUAAUUAACGAUGACCUGGAUGAGGCAUACAACAAGCUCAAGGACGUGUUAUCUGAGGAGAUUCAGAAGGUGCAGGCUUCCAAGAAGAAUUAGAAACAUCUAAAAUCUUCCAAUGUCAAGAAGUGCAGAUGCACAUUAUAUCAAAAAUUGUAGCUCACAUGUGCACAGUACUAAGAACAAUUGUGUAAUGCUAUUUGCUGUAUUAACUUAAGGGAAUCUUAUGAUAUAUAUAAAGUCACCAUAUAUAUCCUGGCAAUUAUAAAUUUACUUGACCUUAAUAUUGUACUUGAAAUGUACAGGAUGUCCAUUAAGGUUGUCGUGCAAUAUUAUCUAUAACAGAGGUUUUUGGGUUAGAUCCCGUAAAUAUAAAUGUGUCGUUAAACCCGCCACCACCCGACACAGCUAAUUAGUUUGUCAUGUAAACAAAACAUGCCAAUUCGUUAUGACUAGUACAACA